GAGAGAGUAGGGCUUUUGGAUGAGCUGCUUAGCAAUGGUCUGAUAUGUGGAGCUCGUGAUGCCAGGCUUGGUCAUUCAUCUGGUGCGUUUUCCAGCCGAGGUCCCUCGCUCCUCUAUUGAUCUAUGAUGGCCUGGCUAUGGGCGAUCCAGCUGCAGGAUGCGCGAGCGAUCCACCCGUCCGAUGCAGCAGCAUAGAGUGGUCUUUGAUGGCUUGCGGGUCUUGAUCUGAUAGAAUGGAAGCAUCGAAGGCACGAAGGCCUCUUUGAUCUGAUGCCGCAGAGAAAUGCUGUGUCUUGGAACGUCCUUCUUACGGCAUUUGCCCAGAAGGGGCAUUUUGACGAUGAAAAGGGCGUCUUCGGUUCUAUGCCUGGGUGGGAUCUCAUCUCCUACACGGCAAAGCUGGUGACUUUCUCGCAGAACGGAGUGCACGAGGUAUGCCGGAGUGGAAUCUCGUCACACUCCAUUCUCUCGCAGAACGGGAAAAGUACCGGCUAAAGAAUAUUCGCAAUUUAAAUCUGGCGGGGAAUGGUUUCCAGGGUCGAAUCCUGCCAGCGGUGUGGUGGCGAUGGACUAGGCACCGAUGCUCUCCUCUAAGGUAUUUCAGGGAUGUGUUCUUCCUCUGGCGCGGGCUAGGGUUUAUAGAGACGCCGAUCAGGUUCUUCCGUCGAUCGAUCAGCGCAUCUUGACCCGGCAUGGUGAGCAAUCUACGUCUUGCGGUGCUCCUUCUCUUGGUCGUCUCGGGACUGGGGAUCGGGAUGGAGCUCCAUUCCGAGCUUCCGGAGGUCGAUGAAGCUCCAAUCCCCGAGAUUUUGGAGGCGCAUCACCAGAUUCUCGAUUUGGAAGAGCAGUUCCUCGAUAUUUCGUGCAAUCGCACUGCUGAGAGUUCUAGCAACGGUGAAGAAGUCAGUCCCUUCGAUCCCGACCGUGCCACAGCGCUAGCGGAAGAACGAAGUGUUCCUCUCGCUAGUCCGGAACUCAAUCCUCUCCAUUCGCAUAUCCUCGUCUCAGCAAGUGAGAAUCAAGACGACGAUAACAGGCACAAGCGCGACCGCCAAGUUGGGGGCAACGAACACAACUAUGCCGCAGCCUCACUCGGUGCUAAAGUUUUAGGGGCAAACAAGGAAGGCAAGGGUGCUGGCAACAUUCUCGUCAAGGGCAACGAUAAGUACUUUCGGAACCCAUGCAGCGCCAAGGAGAAGUUCGUCAUGGUGGAGCUGGCUGAAGAAAUUCUGGUGGAAACAUUUGUCAUCGCCAACUACGAGCUCUACUCGUCCAAUCCAAGGGAGCUGGAGCUGCUGGGAAGCCUGAGCUAUCCUACAUCUGGAUGGAGGCUCUUGGGAAAGUUCGAGGCGAGGAACGUUGGGCAACCUCAGAGGUUUAUUCUGUCGAAGCCAGAGUGGGCGAGAUAUCUCCAGCUGAGGAUCCUCUCACACUAUGGGACGGAGUUUUACUGCACGCUUAGCACCUUCGAGGUUUUUGGAGUCGCGCUUGGGCGCAUGCUUGAAGAUUUGAUUGGCAGUUCCCCGGGGGAUUCCACUAGUGGUUCCACUACGUCUGUGAACAAGUUCCUCAUCGAACAGAUACUACAACUGGAAAGUGACCAGAAGACUUUUGAGGAGUACGUGGAGUUUUCCAACUCCCAGAACACUGCUGCUGUCAAUGAGUACCAAGAGGAGCUGACAAACAUAAUGAGGCAGCUUAAGAGUCUGAACGACACUGUGCAGAAGCAACAUCGUCUUGCGGACGACGUGUUUUCUAAAUCCAUGAAGGAACUGAGACUAUGUAGGAAGGAAGUGGCUCGCAUAAACAGGGGCCAGAUUUACUCUCUCACGGUGGCGUUGGUGGCAAUGCUUGUGGUUGUAGCUAAGAUACGAAUCCUCGUCCGCCUUGCGCUCACAGGCUUUUUGGUAAUCCUCUUACUUCUGGUGUAAAGAAUCUUCUGGCGAUCUACAAUAGGAAGGGUGCUCGCUAUGUCCCUCCGGAGCAUUCGUGCCUAGCUGCGAUCGGCGUAAAGUUCCUACCAUUUGCCCGUAUAUUCUCACAGUGGAUUCUAAAGGUUGUACUAUAUAAUAGAGAACCCUUAUCAAAGGAAUUUUGUGGAAA